AUGAAUCACAACAGUGGCUGCAAACUUUCUAAUCGGUCUUACUUAUCGUUUUGGGAAAGACUAUCCCAAAUUUGGUUAAGCAAAUGGACUUUGAUCCUACUAUUGAUGUUCUUGAAAGUUUACUUGUUUAAACGUUCACUCGCAUCUAGUGUCAAACAAUUAUCGUCGCAAACAGCAUCGGCUUGUUCUGUUCUAGAUAACUACAUGACAGAUCUUGAAACAUUUCCUACCAAACUUUCAAAUUUAGGUAACCAAUUCAUAUCAUUUGGAUUAAAUCAAAUGAAUUCAGAACGUAUCAGGAUAAUAAAGCUAAUCUUGACAAUGGUGGAAUACUUGAUAAUUUUUUUCGUUGAUGUUUUAUUUGGUACAUUUACAUGUUUAUUAGGUGCGGCUUUAAAUGGCACAGUAGAUUUCGCACUUGAUGCAACCGAUGAAGUUAUAGUACUUGUCAAUCAAACAAUUGUAGGCUUGGCUGGAGACAUCCAAUCUGGUCUAGAUGGUUUAUCUAUUGUGAUUAACGGUCUAGUGACUGCUUUUGAUGCUGUGAAAUCUUUUUUCAGUGGUGAUGAUAAUAAUGAUUCCACAAAAUAUAUAAAUCAAGUAAAUUUGACCAUUUCAGCUCUAAAACUGAUUCAAAUACCAUCAACAGUUACUGAUAAUAUCAACAGUUUAAAGUCAGAUAUUCCUGAAUUUUAUCCAAAUUCAACUACUAAUUUCAUUAAAAGUAAUUUUGAUACUCUUAAAAAUAGAAUUGUCCUAAAUAACAUUACAACAUCUGUUUCAGAUCUCCCAGUCAUUUCAAUCCAACGCAUUUCCCUUUGUCCACCGACGUCCACAUUUGAUUCCAUUUAUUCGGAUAUAGGAAAUGGUAUACACAGAACAGCUUCCUUGAUAAUGAUCAUUCUUAUAGUCUUGGCGAUUUUAGCUAUGGUCCCAGUUUCAAUUCUUGAAACCUUAAAAUGGAGGAAAGAACAAAGAAUGAUAUUAGAUUUAGCUCAUGAAGAAUCGACAACGGGGUUAAACUCAGUCGUGUAUAAAUAUUCUAACAUCUUUAUAUAUUAUCUUUCCAAAAUGUCAAGUAAUACCCUGUUUUUAUGGUUCAUGUCAUACAUUACCUCCCCAUUUGCAAUUAUAAUAUUAUGGAUUGGGUUAGGUUCUAUAAUAACUGUUGCACUUCAAUAUGCUUUACUACGAGUUACUCUACUGCCAAUGUCAAGUAUAUCCAGAUUAUUUUCUGGGAUUGAACAAACAUUUAAAAUUGAUUUUGAAAUGGCUGCAAAUAAUUGGACUUCGAUUUCCAAUAAAUAUAUUUCCAAUGAAGAAAGUACAAUUAAUGAAGAAAUGUUUGGUUGGGUACAAAAUGCAACAUCUACCGUGAAUGAUACUGUAACUCGGAUAAGCUCAGAUAUCAAUUCUGGUUUGAAUUUCUUAAAUGGUACUAUCCUUUAUAAACCAUUUCUGACGGUGGUAUAUUGUGUUAUUGGCAGGAAAUUAGAAAAUAUUGAGAGUGGAUUAGAAUGGAUUCACGAUAAUGCAGAAAUUUCAUUACCUAGAAUACCAAAUAAUUUUAUUCUUGAUAGCGUUUCAGAUACAAAUUCGACAUUGUCGAAUGCUUUAGGAAAGUCAUCCCAAGGAAUUAAAUCCAUCGUGGAAAGCAUCGAAUCAUAUUACAAAUCGCAAUUGAAAAUUGAAUUAUGUAUUGCAAUUAUAAUUAUCAGUAUUUGGUUGUCACAGGUUAUAAUUGCUGCUAUUAUUCUAAUACUGAGAUUGUUGUUAAAUUACUGGAACAAGAAGAAUAGUAACAAUUCCAUAGAAAGAUUACCUCGAUUUUUUAUUAGUACUCCAAAACCUUUAACUGAAAAGGAAAAAGAAUAUGUUCCCGCAUCUUGGAGAUUUCAUCUUUAA